AACCCAAGCAGCAGAUGUGGCGUAGAGACUAGUCUAGCUAUAUAACGGUGCCAGGUCCUACCUUCUCUCCUCUUCCUUUUUCUUUCUUUCUUUUCCUCUUUACCUACAGGCUGCAGCCAACUUUAUCUUCUCUCUCUCUCUCUCUCUGUCUCUCUCUAGUUCCUAUCCCCUUUUUCUCUGCAAGCUAGAGAGGAUCGGGCGGCAGCUGUAGCUAGGGUUGGUGCUUGGAUUGGAAGGAGAGAGGAGGUAACCUUUUCUCUCCCUUGCAUAUCAAGCCUUGAGAUCAGACCUCGCCUUUCUGUUCUGAUCCCUGCCUGCCCCAUAAACACAAACUCCCUUAGUCGUCGUAGUCCUCUCGUUUAUCGGUUGGUGGACAGUGUGGAUACUGCGAGAGAUCGAUCAAAGGACGACGGAGCUAGCUAGGGGGUGCAACAGAAGAAGAAGAAGAGGAAGUGGAAGAGGAAGAGAUCUGUCUCAUCAGUACGACGUACUUGUUGUUGGAUACAUACAAAGAUAUAUAUAUGUCUCAUCAGGCGACGGCGAUGAUGUCCGGCGGCGGCGGUGCGGGGCAGUUCGGCGACACGACGUUGACCAAGGUGUUCGUGGGGGGCCUCGCGUGGGAGACGCACAAGGACGGCAUGCGGGCCUACUUCCAGCAGUUCGGCGACAUACUUGAGGCCGUCGUCAUCACCGACAAGAACACCGGCAGAUCCAAGGGAUACGGAUUUGUGACUUUCCGUGAGCCGGAGGCGGCCCUUAGAGCCUGCAUCGAUCCGUACCCGGUGAUUGAUGGACGGAGGGCCAACUGCAACCUUGCCUAUCUCGGCGUCAACAAGUCCAAGAGAGCACUGACGACGAUGCUGCCGCAGUAUCUUCAACCAUAUGCUGCCCAUGUUUACGGGGGAGGCAGCAGCAUGCGGGCAACAAUGAAGUCCUUUCAGACAGCUGGUGGUGGUGCCAGCCUGAUGAGCUUCGUGCCGGCGGCCGAUCAUGGCAUCCAGCAAGGGAUCCCUACGUACGACAGUGUCUAUGCCGCAGCCGGGUACUCUCCCUAUUUCUCGGACUACGGCUACCCGCUGAGCUACUAUCAGCCCUACAUGGUCGGUCUGCAGCAGGGAGGCCAGCUACAGCAGUACGCCGCCGUCGGGGGAACAGCGGCAGCGGCGCCGGCGGCCAACCCCUCAGUAGGACCCUACUCCUACUUCCAGUACGGUCCGGCGAGCGCUGCGGCCGCUGGUGGGCCGUACAGCAUGGUGCAGUACCCCCAGCUGUACCAGUAUGCUGCGGCGGUAGCAGCAGGUGCCACGGCGGCGCCGACCACUCUGGCCGCUGGCGUCGUUGCUGGCGGCCUCCAGCAGUACGGCGGCGCGGUGGCGUUCACUCCUAAUUCCAUUGCCCAAGCAGCAGGCAUGACAAUGUCUCUGACAUCUCCAGCUCUGGGAGCGGCACCGACGACAGCCCAGCAGUUCCAGUACAGCGGCAGGCUGGUUCCUUCUUCUCCCCCGGCUGCUGCUGCUGCUGAUCAGAAGCCCGGCUUGGCCUAGCGACAACCAACAUGCAUGCAUGAAUGGCCGCUAGACAACAACCACCAGUCUCUCAACCACGCACGCACGCAAGCACCUACCUUCUUCAAUUCCUUCGGUACACGAUCGAGUCAUACAUCAUGCAUGCAUCUCUCUGCUAGUAAUAGGUAGGUCGCUCUCUGCUUGACAUGUACAUCAUGCAUGCAUGCAGUCUACGUACGUACGUACGUACAGAUAGAGUAGUGGUACUUACUGAUCACCAUGCAUCACCUCGCCCUGCACGUACGUACACUUGCAUGAUAAUGAUUGAUGAUGAUGAGAGACUUGACUAACUUGUUGACGGCGGCGAUCGAUGUGUGCGCUCACUCUGGGUUGGGCCGGGUGCAGUGCUGCAUUUUUCGCUAACGUCCAAUGCAAAAGGACCACGGCAGGGUGUCCGAUUUUCCAUGCAUAUCAUCCUUAAUUAGAUUAGAUUUGUGCUAUAAAAAAUCCUGUUUUUGUUAGCCGCCACACACAUCAUAAUUAAUAGUGUUAAUUACUCUUGUAGCUAGCUAGGUAGAUCGAGUUUUAUUUGCUAACUGCUGCUGCUGCUGCUUGCACUCUUAUGGAAGAGAGCAAGAAGGGCGAACUGGACUACUGGUGAGUCGCUGCUGGGUUUUCAUGUGCAGCUAGCGUCACUCAGCUAACCCCCUGUCAUCGUGUCAGGCAAGAUGGCAUUUUUCACGGGCCAUGCAUGCAUGUAUACACGCGCGUGUGGAGUCCACAGAAGUUUGUGGAUACGCGCACAAAAGGUUUACGGUCAAUUUAAUUAAUUUGUGCUAGUCAGGCAUAUAUAUAUAUUAUAUAUGUAGUAUGCAUCGUCUUAUUAAAUGAACCAAUAUGCAACUAUUAAUUAGCUAGCUACCUAUGAGCUUGCUGAUUUUAAUCUUCUCUGUUUUGGUCCCUUCCCUUUCUCUCUCCCGGCCAUACACAUAUCAUCAUCAUCAUCAUCAUCAUCAUCAUCAUCAUCAUCAUCAUUGACCUGUUAUCCUCAUCCGUACUAAGCAAAGCCAGACAUGGUUAGGCCAAGCCAAGCUUCUGAUAGAUCAUUCAUCAUCAUCAGAUGAACGAUUACGUACUAGUACGUCCUUAUGAUGAUGACAGACAUAUUAUCAUUACUUACUGUUCGCGAACGAUUCAUGUAAUAGACGCUAUAUAUGAAGUGUAUUUGGCUUCCUUGUGAUGAUCGAGAGGCUAAUUAAUGUACCAUACAUAUCUAUCUCUUGAGUAUCGCUUGGCAUAUGCAGUAUUAAUUGAUUACGUGC